UGGAAGCAUCCCAGGCCAGGCUGGAUGUGGCUCUGGGCAGCCUGGUCUGCUGGUUGUGACUGCACACAGCAGGGGGAUUAAAACUACGUGAUCAUGGUGUCCUUUUCAACCCAGGCCAUUCCAUGAUUCUAUGAUUCCAUGACACAAGUGUACCCUCAGCAAAUUUGCUGAUGAUACCCAGUGCGGUGGUACAGCUGGCAGAGUAGAAGGGAGGGAUGCGAUCCAGAGGGACCUCCCGGCAUGGAGUCCCCAGUCACUGAGACAGUGCCGGGCAGCGGUGCCCAGCAGCUGCUCCCUGGCAGGGGCUCUCCCUCAGCUGAGAUCAUUCCCUGCUUGGAAUUCCGCAUGGAACCGGAACCCCAGAGCCGAGUGCAUCACAGAACAUGCUGCGUUUGGGGGCCUGCAGGGCUGCCCUGCGUGCUGCCUGGUCCCCAGCCAUUCCCUGUGAGGUGACACUGCGCUGUGAUGUCACAGUGGUACCUCGUGCGCCCUCGUGGCAGCGGUGGGAGCGGUGGCUCAGUCCGCUUGUGGGACCCGCAGGAAGCGGAACCAGAGAGAGCGUUGCGUCUACCUGGAGAUUUCCUGCUGUCAUGGAGCGGCUGAGAGCCCUUCGAGGUCUCUUUGCCUGUGUGGGCUGCGUGCCCAGACGUACGCGUCGCAGGGAGAGAAGCAGGGUGCCGAGCCCUGUCCCUGCCUGCGCCGUGACUUCGCUGCUGCGGCGCCUGCAAGACCGGGAGGGUGACCGAGCGCAGGCGUACCGUGAGCUGGAGGGCGCCCUGUGGGAAGAUGACAGCCGCCCGCUGUGCGGAGUGGUGAACCGGCUGCUGGCAGAGGUGUCCCAGGACCUGACGGCAGCCCAGGUGAGGGGUCACUCCCGAUGGCAAAGGGAGCCGCUGCCCACACUGGCGUUCUGCUGGCAGACGGCGAUGGCUCAGCCCUUCCCAGGGCCUCGGGCGAUCUCCUGUGCCUCUUUCCUGUACAAGGCUCUGGGCACAGUGCUGGGAGCCUGUAAGGGAAUCCUCCACGUCCAGGAGAAGCUGCUGCAGCACCUGGAGGAAGCAAACGCGGAGGACCCAUGUGAGGCCCAGGGAAUGGUCUCUCUUCUCAGCCACGUGGCUGAGAGUAACUUCCAAGCAGUCCUGGCCAUGCUCACCACGUUUGCGUCCAGGCUGUGCAAAGGCCGCAACGCGAGGAUUUCCAGGCGCAAGAAGAUGGAGCUGGACAGCACGAGAGCUCAGGCCACACGCAGCGCUCUCGUGCUUGCCCACGGCAGCUUGGCACUGCGUGCCUCCAAGGAACAGCUGCUCGCCCACCUGGAGGGAGACAUCGUGGGCAACAUCCUGAUGCUCUACAGCUGCAGCUGCCGGGACUUGCAGAACAACCUCGCACUGGUGCAGAGCAUCACCGACUUCAGCUCUGCCUUCCAAGCAGUCGUGGGUGAUUCUGCAUGCUUUAACCCCUUCUUGAAGGGAAAGCUUCUGGAGAUCCUGAUGGACCUGCUGAAGAAAUAUUACUCAGGCAUCCCUGUCUCCCCAGUGCCCCUCAAGGUGGUUCUGGCCCUGGAGCAGUUGAGCAAGCUGAAGCCCUGUUUCGAAAGCAAGGACAUGCGGGAGAUGUUGGUCCUGUGCUGCAAGAACAUCGUGACGCACCCUUCAGCAGAGAUGAUGCUGAAGAUCAGGAAGUCACAGCACGCAGCGCAGUACCUGCAGCUUCAGCAAACGUCCCUGAAAGCUCUGGGCCAGCUCAUGGUGGUUCUGCUCGAGACAGAACCCACCGGCAGCUUCUUUCACAACAUAGUCCAUGUGAGUAGGUGUGGGGCAAGGGAGAAAGCAUGGUGCCUGUCAAUAGUGGGGGCAGAAAUCUGGGGACUGAGAGGGUGAUCAGAGGGGAGCAAUCUCCUGCUGACGUGCCAGCUCACUGCGAGCUCAGAAAUGGGCAGAGCGAUGGGCCCUGCAGGGGAAAGGCAGGAGCCAGCCCCUGGCAGGCCACAGCCGAGGAAAAGCUCCCGGGUUAGCAGGCAGGAUGACUGCAGAGAGCGGGGGCAGCAGUGCCGGUGCUCAGUCAGGCU